AUGGCACUGGACGACACAGAUCAUAGCCACGAAUUCGCUUCAGAUGCUCCCCGUGUUGGAGUAGAUCGUCAAUCGUCGUGGCAUCCGUAUCACCAGAUCUCAGCCAAUAUUGCGAACGGCUACAUGAAUCUGCUUCUCAUAUGUGUCCCACUUGGUAUCUGCCUCGCAGUGUUCAAACUUCCACCCCUUAUCGUGUUUAGUCUAAAUCUGCUCGCUAUCCCCCCGCUUAUCGCCUGGAUCACAUAUGCAAUUGGCGAGCUAUACUCCCCAAUCGGCCGUAUGGGGGUCGAGUUACUCAAGGCGACGCUGGGGAAUCCAGUGGAAGUGCUGGUUCUUGGAUGCUGUUUUUUUGUCGCGGGCAUUCGCCAGAAACGGGUCCAAUUCGAUCGAACCACAACAAGCAUUAUGUCGUCGUUGACUAUUAUUGUUGUUAUUUCACUCAUGAUUUCAACGAUCAUGUCGAUAUUCCCGCCCACCGAUGAAAAUGAUUCUGUGCGUCGUGACCAGAGCUACAUCCUCCGCAUUUCUCACGCCACCGCGAUUGUCUUGUUUGUCUUGUGUCUUAUCUUUUUCUAUUUUGAAUUCUAUUCGCACCCAAAUUUAUUUCGCGUGGAUGCUACCCAAUCGCGGGUGAAUGAAAAUGCAGAGACACAUCCCUGCCAUCAUGACAAUCCACAAAGUCGUGCAGGCUUGAACCGUUGGGUCGCUAGUCUGGUACUCAUCGUCGCGAUUGCCGCAGUGGUUGGUUGCGCCCAUUUCCUUCUCUUAACAGUCGACGAGGUCGCUCGCACCGUCGGAGUGAGUUCGGCCUUUUUAGUUGCGGUCCUCGUGCCUGUCCUAGGUAACGCGAGCAAGACCUUCACAAUAGUUACUAUUGCGAAACAAAACUCGGUUGAUCUCGCGGUUCGAGCGGUCAUUGGCACCAACCUGCGACUCCUGAUUCUGGUUAUGCCGGCCCUGGUAUUAGUUGGAUGGAUCUUCGAGCAGCCACUGACGCUUCAAUUUGACCCGUUUGAUGCGACGAUAUUGUUCCUCGCCAUCAUGGUCAUGAACUACUUGACCCAGGACGGACGCAGCAAUUAUUUUGAGGGUCUCGUUCUCAUGGGAACCUAUGUCAUCAUCUUGGUCGCUUUCGAAGUCCGUCCCAUGCAACCGGAGAACGUGAUCUACUUAUCGGUUGGCGCACAAGAUGGGACCGAGUCCCAGGAUUGCGGCCAGCCCUUGCCUCCUAUCAUUACAAUUAGUAAUGCAGAUUUGUCCUCUCCAGAAUCACGGUCUUUGAUUAUCAAUGAACUGUCGCUGGAUGGUCGCCCACAGCCAGAUCCGCUGCGGUCUGCAUCCUCUCCCAAUACUCUGGUCCUUCCGACUGGCGGUGGGAGACCACGAGUGACGUCCGUGACUUCCCUUUCAGAGACUGUGGUAGGAACUUCUUCGUCGUGCGCUUCCUAUCGCACUCGCAGCGCCUCCGAUGCGACUGCUUACUCGACAACCCAGGACUACCAAGAAUAUCAUGAUCCAGUCAUCCCCGCAGCCGAAAGCGGCUCAUUUGGAAUCUCGCCCGCUGCUUUAGAUGCAAUGUUCGAGGCAAGAUCGCUGGAUGUUUUUUUCUCACUAGGAGGCUUAUUCGGUUUGGCCCAUGCCCUGCAAAGUGAUUGCUCUCGUGGUAUCAAAUGGGAAGAGCAUGAACUGUCGAAACGAUCACCCGAAGGAAGUAGACCAUGUUCCUUCUUUAACAGAGUGAAAGUCUUUGGCAGCAAUAGACUGCCCGAGAAGAAGACCAAAUCGCUUCUGCAGCUGAUGUGGGAAGCGCUUCACGAUCGAGUGCUGCUGCUACUCACAGCAGCGGCCACCAUCUCUCUGAUUCUGGGUCUCUACCAAACUUUUGGUCAACCUCACGAGUCUGGCGAACCCAAGGUGGAAUGGGUAGAAGGGACUGCAAUCAUGGCGGCCGUUGUUGUUGUUGUAGUCGUUAGCACCUUCAACGAUUAUGAGAAAGAGAGACAGUUUGCCGCGCUAAACAAAAAGGUAGCAACACCCUCGAAUCUAAACCUUUCAAUGAUGAAAAGUCCUUCGCUGACCUGGUCGGGCCAAACUUUCGAAGUAUCUACGUAUGAUGUGGUUGUUGGGGAUCUUUUAAGAUUGGAGGCAGGCGACUUGAUUCCAGCCGAUGGGAUCCUUGUUUCAGGCUUUAAUGUUCGCUGUGACGAGUCAUCCAUUACUGGCGAAUCCGACACGAGGAAAAAGACACCCGCGAACGAGAUUGGACGUCUACAAAAAACGGGAGCACACUUGGAGAAACCGGAUCCUUUCUUCGUCUCGGGUUGCAAAGUCAUCGAAGGCGUCGGAACGUACAUGGUCACUGGAGUUGGCGAGCACAGUACACAUGGCAGAAUUAUGAUGACCCUUGUUGAUGAGAAUGAGCCCACACCUCUGCAGCAGAAAUUAGCUACCAUCGCCGAUCAAAUUGCUAUCAUAGGUAUGACUGCGGCACUGAUGCUCUUCGCCAUUCUUACUAUCAAGUUUCUGUUCCAGCUAUCGAGGAGCACCGACACUGUGCUAGGCAAAGGGCAGGCCUUCGUGCGUAUUGUGAUCAUCUCAAUUGCCGUGGUCGUAAUCGCUGUUCCGGAAGGAUUACCGUUGGCCGUGACUCUUGCUCUAGCUAUUGCAAUAACUAGAAUGCUCAAAGACAACAAUCUAGUUAGGAUCAUGAGUUCUUGUGAGACGAUGGGAAGUGUGACUACUGUAUGCUGUGACAAAACUGGCACGCUCACUAUGAACCAAAUGACCGUGGUUUCUGGAACUAUCGGAAUGCAAUACGGUUUUGGAAGUGUGGAGGGAGUCGAGAUUCCAGAAAUUCAAGACGUCGCGGCACCGGAACUUAUUGCACGUCUCUCUGCACAAACAAAGUUUAUUCUGUUACAGUCCAUCACCGUCAAUUCGACUGCCGUGGAGAGCCAAGAUGGGACAUACAUUGGCUCGCGAACUGAGAUGGCUUUGCUUUCUUUCGCUAAAGAAUUUCUCGAAGUCCAUCCCCUGGCCGAGCAACGUGCAAAUGCUGAAAUUGUUCAAAUGAUAUCCUUUGAUUCCAACAGGAAGUGUAUGGCGGUAGUGGUCAACCUGGGAGGAAUUUACCGAAUGUAUGUCAAGGGUGCACCGGAAGUACUGUUGGAACAAUGCUCUCACGUUCUUGUCGACGAAUCCGACGGAAACUCUAAUACAAAGCCUUUGGAAGAUUAUCGAGGCCAAGUGACAGAUAUCCUUCGAAGUUAUAGCUCACGCUCUCUGAGAAUGAUCGGGUUCGCAUACCGUGAUUUCCCUUCUGCCUGGCCCCCUAUCAAUAUCGAACCUUUGGACAAUGAUCCCACAUUGGCUCCUUUCGAAGAAGUCAUGAAGGAUAUGACAUUUCUAGGAAUUUUUGGUAUUCAAGACCCCCUGCGUCCCGGAGUCACAGCCGCUAUCUCCAAAUGCCGCAACGCUGGAGUCAAGGUUACAAUGGUUACCGGCGACAAUAUAGACACUGCAAAGGCAAUUGCUACUCAGUCGGGUAUUUUGGAUGCCGAUGGUAUUUUUAUGGACGGACCGACUUUCCGCGGAUUGUCGAAGAGCGAGCUUCAUAAUGUUUUACCCCGACUCCAAGUUCUGGCACGAUCAAGUCCCGAGGACAAACGCAACGUGGUCAAGGGCUUAAAGGAGCUCGGCGAAGUUGUCGCCGUUACUGGGGAUGGAACUAACGAUGCCCCAGCAUUGAAAGCCGCCGACGUGGGAUUUUCGAUGGGCGUUUCCGGCACAGAUAUCGCGCUUGAAGCCUCAUCAAUCAUUCUGAUGGACGACAAUUUUUCGUCGAUAGUAAAAGCUAUUGAAUGGGGCCGCACAGUCAAUGAUGCGAUAAAAAAAUUCUUGCAGUUCCAAAUCACCGUCAAUAUCUCGGCUGUAGCACUCACAUUUAUCUCUGCAGUUGCAAAUGAUAGUGUUGAAUCGAUACUUACUCCGGUACAAAUGCUUUGGGUAAAUCUAAUCAUGGAUACUUUUGCGGCCAUGGCGCUGGCAACGGAUCCUCCUUCGGAGAGCGUACUUCAUAAGAAGCCCGAAUCAAAAUCGGCCCCAAUGAUAUCCAUCAUUAUGUGGAAAAUGAUCAUUGUUCAGAGUACCUAUCAGCUUCUGGUGACUCUGAUCCUCAACUUUGCUGGUCUUCGGAUCCUUGGAUAUGAUGCCGGGCGACAAGACAGUCUAGAAACGCUGGUUUUCAACACAUUCGUUUGGAUGCAAUUUUUCAAUCAAUAUAAUAACCGGAACCUUGACAACCGGUUUAAUGUGUUUGAAGGAAUUCAUAAGAACUGGUAUUUCCUUGUCAUGAACGUCGUGACCGUUGUGGGCCAGCUUCUUAUUAUCUUCUUUGGUGGAAGUGCCUUGUCGACUGUGCGACUAGAUGGUACGCAAUGGAUCAUCUCUCUUUUUCUCGGAGCGAUGAGCCUGGUAGUCGGUGUUCUCGCUCGUCUAGUUCCGGAUUCUUGGGUGAUGUCUCUUGUUUCACAAUUUUCCGGAUGGCAUAGGGCCGAAAUGCACGAACAGAGCCUUGCUGAGCAGCAGCAGCAGCAACUUGACGAGUCGACUCCUCUAUUGGGAGAUACGCACAACUCGCGACUACCUACUCGCUAUCGAGACAGCACGCCUGGAAGCGCUCGAAUGGAAUCAACCUCGAAUUCAGAAAGAGCCAAGGAGACCGGCACUAGUAAUUUAUCGACCACAUGGACCACCUCGCAAAGCACUUUUGGAUGCACUGCUCAACAGUUGCAAAAAUUGAUCGAGUCCCGGAAUUUGGAAUCUCUUCAAGCACUGGGCGGACUAGCUGGCUUGGAAGCAUCUCUUAUCACUAACCGGGAUACUGGACUCAGCCGGGAUGAAACUAUCCUCAACACUGCCGCCCCUGACGCGAGGAGGCGAGCGUUUGGCGAUAAUCGCUUGCCGAUAAGAAGGGACCCGAAAUUCUGGCAAUUACUGUGGAUGGCCUACAAUGACUACGUCUUAUUUCUGUUGACUGGUGCUGCAAGUGUCUCUCUUGGCCUUGGUCUCUAUCAAGCUCUGGGUACUCCUCGUACUCCAGACAACCCGCCUGUAGAGUGGGUCGAGGGAGUCGCGAUCCUCGUGGCCAUCGUUAUUAUCGUCCUAGCCGGCGCUCUAAACGAUUUUCAGAAACAGUAUCAAUUCCGCAAAUUGAACCGGAAGCAGCAGGACCGGAAUGUGAAAGUGAUCCGCUCUGGUCGCACCCAGGAACUUCCCAUUCACGAUGUGGUGGUUGGCGAUAUCGUUCAACUAGAGCCAGGAGAUGUCAUUCCUGCAGAUGGGAUCCUAGUACACGGGCUUCUUCUGCGAUGCGAUGAAUCCUCCAUGACAGGAGAGUCGGAAUUGCGGCCGAAAGUGGCAGCUGAUGAAGCCGUUCAGAUUGCUUCUUCGGCUGAUGAAAACCUUGUACAGAGCACGCCCGACGAAGAUCCCUUCAUCAUUUCAGGAACAAAGGUCGCUGAGGGCAUGGGCAGAUUUCUGACUAUUGCUACAGGCCGUGAUUCCAUCUAUGGAAAGACUCUUGCAGCGCUGGAGACCGAGCCAACUCCUACGCCAUUGCAAGUGAAGUUGGCUGGUCUGGCUAAGAAUAUUGCCAUUUGUGGUGGCAUCGUCGCUCUUAUAUUCUUUGCUAUUCUUUUGAUCAAGUUCUUGGCUCAGCUCCCGUCCGGCACAAGAACAGCCACCCAGAAUGGACAGCUGUUCUUGAACAUCUUCAUUAUUUCCCUUACUGUGGUAGUCAUUGCUGUACCAGAAGGGCUGCCACUAGCUGUCACCCUAUCACUGGCCUUUGCAACCACGCGGAUGCUGAGAAACGGCAAUUUGGUGCGAUCAUUACAAGUGUGUGAGACUAUGGGAAAUGCUACGAGUAUAUGCUCCGAUAAGACUGGGACGCUUACUCAGAAUAAAAUGACCGUUGUUGCUUGCUGUAUUGGAACAAGUGCUCAGCGAGCUAACACCGCUUCAUCAGUCAGCGAAUAUCUUUCCGGCCUUCCACCUGGUGUCAAGCAAAUUUUGAAGGAUUCUAUCAUUAUUAACAGCACCGCUUUUGAAACCGAAAGUUCUUCAUUUGUGGGCUCUCGAACCGAGUCUGCUCUUUUGACACUGGCCCGUGAGGCCCUAGGAAUGGGAUCCGUUGAGCUUGAGCGAUCCAACGCUGUAGUCACCUAUUUAGUGCCAUUUGAUUCCUCAAGGAAAUGUAUGAUUACUGUUAUUCGCCUGAAAAACAACAAAUUCCGGGCAUACGUCAAGGGAGCGUCGGAGAUACUCUUACGUAGCUGUGCGACAACUGUGGAAACCCCAAGGUAUGAGCUACUUCCAACACCACUUCUUCAUGAAGGGAUAGAAAGCAUCCAAGAUGUUAUCAACAGCUAUGCAGCUCUCUCUUGGCGGACGAUUGUACUCGCAUACAGAGAUUUUGACACAUGGCCACCUCAUCAUGGUCUAGAAGGCAGUAGUAGCGAUCAUAACGCGAUGAUCCCGCUGGAUCGAAUCGUUCAAAACCUCACUUUUCUUGCGGUCAUGGGAAUCCAGGAUCCAUUACGAGACGGUGUUCAAGAAGCCAUACAGACAUGCGCACAGGCCGGAGUAACGGUUAGAAUGGUCACAGGAGAUAACAUCAUCACAGCAAAAGCCAUUGCAGAAAAGGCUGGUAUUCUGAACGAGCAGAGAGAUGUCGCCAUGGAAGCCGCAGAUUUUCGAACACUGAAUCAAGCCCAACAAAUUGAGAUAAUUCCUCGUUUGAAAGUGUUGGCCAGGUCUACUCCGGAGGAUAAGCGCACCCUCGUCAUCAGAUUGAGAGAGAUGGGAGAGAUCGUGGCAGUGACAGGCGACGGCACAAAUGACGCUUCUGCACUGAAGGCUGCUGAUGUAGGGUUCUCCAUGGGAAUAUCUGGGACUGAGGUUGCCCGAGAGGCUUCCUCGAUUGUGCUCAUGGACGAUAAUUUCACCUCGAUCAUCAAAGCUAUCAUGUGGGGGAGAGCAGUCAACGACGCUUUUCAAAUUACUAUCACCAUUACCUCUGUUGGAUUGACAUUUGUUUCCGCAAUAGCGAACGGCAACGAACAGUCUGUUCUGACUUCAGUGCAGCUUAUGUGGAUCAAUCUUUUCCAAGACACCAUGGCAGCACUGGCACUGGCGACUGAUCCGCCUACAGUCAACAUCCUCGAUCGCAAACCCGUACCACGAUCAGCUCCGCUAAUAUCAAUCUCUAUGUGGAAGAUGAUCGUUGGCCAGUCCAUCUACCAAAUGGCCGUCACAGUAGUGCUCUACUUUGCAGGUUCUUCUAUAUUCCACUACCAUUCCUCAGAAGAAAAGGCACAGCUGCAAACGGCCAUUUUCAACACCUACGUCUGGCUGCAGAUCUUCAAUAUGUUCAAGUAA